ACCGCGACCGCGAGGACGACGCCGGUGACGUCGGCGGCCACGGAGGGCGUGGCGGCGAGCGCGUCCGACGGCCUCGCCGGCCUCGCGGGCCACGUGCUCCACGGGCUGGCGGACGACGUGCGGCUGCUCGGGUACGCGGUCAAGUGCGCGGCCAUGUGCUUCAUCGUGGUGGCCGCGCUGUUCGGCAACCUGCUGGUCAUGGUGAGCGUGAUGCAGCACCGCAAGCUGCGCGUCAUCACCAACUACUUCGUCGUGUCGCUGGCGCUGGCCGACAUGCUGGUCGCCAUAUUCGCCAUGUGCUUCAACGCCAGCUUCGAGGUGACCGGCCGCUGGCUGUUCGGCCGGUUCAUGUGCGACGUGUGGAACUCGAUGGACGUGUACUUCUCCACCGUGUCCAUACUGCACCUGUGCUGCAUCAGCGUGGACCGGUACUACGCGAUCGUGCAGCCGCUGGACUACCCGCUGAUCAUGACCAAGGCGCGCACCGUGGUCAUGCUCGCGUCCGUCUGGGUGUCGCCCGUGCUCAUAUCGUUCGCGCCCAUAUUCGCCGGCUGGUACACCACGGACGAGCACGUCAAGGACCGGGCGCGCAACCCGCACGUGUGCACGUUCGUCGUCAACAAGAAGUACGCGGUCGUCUCGUCCAGCGUGUCGUUCUGGGUGCCGGGCGUCAUCAUGCUGUUCACGUACUACCGCAUCUACCAGGAGGCCGACCGACAGGAACGGAUGCUAUACAGGAGUAAAGUGGCUGCCGCAUUGUUAAAUAAGCACUUGCAGAUAAACGGAAUAAGUGCUCUGGGAGCUCUAUCUACAUCAGAUGCCGUGAAAGACGUGGACGUGGAAACGGAUCCGGACUCGGGCGCAUUUCGACCGGCAGCUUCUAGUAACAAAAUGAAACGCGAAAGGAAAGCGGCUCGUACCUUAGGCAUCAUUAUGUCCGCGUUUCUGGCGUGUUGGCUGCCUUUUUUUAUAUGGUACAUGAUGAGCUCGCUGAUGGACGGCGCCUCGUGGAUGCCCCGGUGGAUCACGGUGCUCGUGUUCUGGGUGGGUUACUUCAACUCGGCGCUGAACCCGCUCAUCUACGCGUACUUCAACCGCGAGUUCCGCGUGGCGUUCCAGAAGACGUUGCAGAGCUGCUGGCCCAGGUCGCCGCCGUGGUGUCCGCCGUGCCUGCGCCGCCGGUACGAGCAGUCGCGCAACGACACGGCCACGCCGACCGCCGCGUUCGGCCAGCAGGUGUACAACAGCAACGUGUCCGAGGUGCACUACAUGAACCCGGCGACCAUAGCGUUGCUUCAGAACAACGGCGGCGGCGGCGGCGGCGGUGGCGGCGGGAACGGAUGUCGCACAGAACAAAACGUAUUGUAAAAAAUAAAUGCGUAAAAAACGUGCAAACAAUUAUCAACCGUUUUAAUAUGUUAAACGUACAAGUAUAUACUGUAUAAUAAAUGUAUGUGUGUACGCGCGCGCGUGUGUGUGUGUGUGUGUGUGUGUGCGUGCGUGCGUGUGUGCGCGUGUGUGUGCGCGUAUCAAUUACACCGCCCAGGGUAAACGUUAUAAUGCCAGUGAGAUAUCGCGUCCCGUUUGAAAAGAUAAACAUUUGGACGCGAGCAGGGGCGUAUUUAGAAUUACUUCUAAGGGGUGGAGGGUGGACGACUCAAAUGUUUUCUUUAAUUCAGGCUCAACAUUUAUUAGUAAAACUGUUGGUAAUAUUUAAAUCUAAUGAAUC